ACAUCUUAUCCCCUAUCCAAAGGAUAGGGGAGAAGAUGUCUGAUCGCGGGGGUCCCACCGCUGGGGACCCCCACAUUCUACCAUGCGGCACCCACCUGUAACUGCUUCCGGAACCGCUGGAGGCCCUCAGGCUCAUACCAUCCCGACCAUGGGGACGGAAGAUCCUGAAGUUACGACUCCGCCCCCGUGUGACGUCACACCCACGCCCCUCAAUGCAAUUCUAUGGAAGGGGGCGUAACCAAGCGGUCAACCCACGAAACAGGACAGUCUUUCCACAAGCUCAGCUGAGCUCCAGUUUCUUCGUUCCCAACCCAAAGUCUUGUUCCUGUUGUACAGUAUGGAAUAAAGUGACUUUUUUCAUUGGCAUAACACCGGGGUGAAGAUAUGAACAUUACUGCUCUAGAGACAGAUGUGAGCGGUGAUGAGCAGUAUAAGGAGGACAUUCCUACAGGGAAAGAUCUGAUCUAUAUUAAUACUACAGACAUAAAGGAUGAAGAUAAGAUUGAUACGAGGGGUGAUGAGCAGUAUGAGGAGGACAUUCCUAGAGGGAAAGAUUUGAACUAUUUUAAUGCUACAGACAUAAAGGAAGAAGAGACAGAUGUGAACGGUGAUAAGCAGUAUAAGGAGAACAUUCCUACUGGGAAAGAUCUGAACUAUGUUAAUACUUCAGACAUAAAGGAAGAAGAGACAGAUGUGAGCAGUGAUGAGCAGUAUAUGGAGAACAUUUCUACAGGAAAAGAUCUGAACUAUGUUAAUACUACAGACAUAAAGGAGGAAGAAGAAGAGACAGAUGUAAGCAGUGAUGAGCAGUAUAAGGAGGAAAUUCCUAUAGCUUACUGCCCAGAUUCUUGUACCAGGAGAUCAGAGGAGAAUCUUAUAUCUUCAGAUUAUAAAGCAGAUGAUGAUAUCACACAAGAUACAUAUGAAGAACAUUCCAUUAUCCCAGAUACACCCUCAGCCCUUCACAGCCAAGAUCUGUCAUCUCAUCCUGUUAUACAAGUCCGACCUAAAGAAUCAUCUCAGUCUGUUAAACAAAAUAAGGAAAAGCGAUUUUCAUGUCCAGAAUGUGGGAAAUGUUUUACUGAGAAAUCAUAUCUUGUUAAACAUCAAAGAAUUCACACAGGAGAGAAGCCAUUUUCAUGUGCAGAAUGUGGGAAAUGUUUUACCAAGAAAUCAUCUCUUGCUGAUCAUCAAAGAAUUCACACAGGAGAGAAGCCAUUUUCAUGUCCAGAAUGUGGGAAAUGUUUUACUCAGAAAUCAAUACUUAUCAGACAUAUGAGAAUUCACACAGGAGAGAAGCCUUUUUUAUGUGUAGAAUGUGGUAAAUGUUUUACACAGUAUUCAAGUCUUGUUACACAUCAAAGAACUCACACAGGAGAGAAACCAUUUUCAUGUUCAGAAUGUGGGAAAUGUUUUACUGAGAAAUCAUAUCUUAGUCAACAUCAAAGAACACACACAGGAGAGAAGCUAUUUUCAUGUCCAGAAUGUGGGAAAUGUUUUAUCAAGAAAUCAUCUCUUGCUGAUCAUCAAAGAAUUCACACAGGAGAGAAGCCAUUUUCAUGUACAGAAUGUGGGAGAUGCUUUAUUCACAGAUCACAUCUUGUUAAACAUCAAAUAAUUCACACAGGAGAAAAGCCAUUUUCAUGUGCAGAAUGUGGGAGAUGUUUUAGUCACAAAUCAGAUCUUGUUAUACAUCAAAGAAUUCACACAGGAGAGAAGCCAUUUUCAUGUGCUGAAUGUGGGAGAUGUUUUAGUCACAAAUCACAUCUUGUUGAACAUCAAAGAAUUCACACAGGAGAGAAGCCAUUUUCAUGUCCAGAAUGUGGGAAAUGUUUUACUCAGAAAUCAACUCUUUUUGAACAUCAAAGAACUCACACAGGAGAGAAGCCAUUUUCAUGUUCAGAAUGUGGCAAAUGUUUUACACAGCAUCCAAGUCUUGUUACACAUCAAAGAACUCACACAGGAGAGAAACCAUUUUCAUGUUCAGAAUGUGGGAAAUGUUUUACUGACAAAUCACAUCUUAGUCAACAUCAAAGAACUCACACAGGGGAAAAGCCAUUUUCAUGUUUAGAAUGUGGGAAAUGUUUUACUCAGAAAUCAACUCUUUUUGAACAUCAAAAAACUCACACAAGGGAGAAGCCAUUUUCAUGUUCAGAAUGUGGAAAAUGUUUUUCGAAUAGCUCACAGCUUGUUAUACAUGAAAAGGAUCACACAGGAGAGAAGCCAUUUUCAUGUUCAGAAUGUGGGAAAUGUUUUACUCAGAAAUCAGAUCUUGUUAAGCAUCAAAGAAUUCACACAGGAGAGAAGCCAUUUUUAUGUUCAGAAUGUGGAAAACGUUUUACUCAGAAAUCACAUCUUGUUAAGCAUCAAAUUAUUCACACAGGAGAUAAGCAAUUUUUAUGUUCAGAAUGUGGGAAAUGUUUUUCUCGGAAAUCACAUCUUAUCAGACAUCUCAGAAUUCACACAGGAGAGAAGCCAAUUGAGAGCAAUAAAUGAUGGAGAUAACACAUCUAUAUAUUAACCACGUACAUAGGAUAUCUGACAUUUAUACAUAUAUCAUAUACUGCAUCUCCAAACUUGUUCCCAAUUGUUAAUAAAAGUUUUC